CGACAAUUUCGUGCAGCGAGCGCGAACGAAUCACAGGCCAGUACGCUUUGUCGUAGAACAGCUGCGACGUUGUCGUGCGACAUAACGAAUCGCUCCAAACAUUUCCGCGUUUUCAAACAAACCAAAAAAAAUGUCAUUCAAACCGAAAAUUGACUCGCAACAGUUGAUCGAAGAAGUGAAGAAACGUCCCUGCUUGUACGACAUCAAGGGAGUUUUGCAUAAUCAACGUUCGCAAGGCAAUCACGAAUUGAAGAAUGCGGCUUGGGGCGAAAUCGGUGCAGCGUUGUUCCAAGAAAAAUGGAAAGAAUUCGGUUUGGCCGACAAGGAUGCGGCAGUCAAAGACAUACAAAUCAAAUGGAAAUCGCUCCGCGACAACUAUUCGCGUCAACUGAGGAUCCUGGAACAAUCCAAAGCAGGCUUAAUACCCGCGCCUACUAAAAAGUACAUUUUUCAUGACAUGCUGUCAUUUUUGGGCCCGUUCAUAGCCAAAAGGGAUAAAACAAUUGCGUCAGAAGACAGCAACGAUUCAAAUUCGGUAAUCUCGCACGAAGACUCCAAAGCCAACAUAACGAUCGACCCCAUAGAAGUGUCAACAACGUCGCAAGCGCAGCAGGUACAGUACGUGUCAAUUCAACCGAAAAAAUUCACUAUGCCUACUUUGACACCGAUUGACCUCAAUUCGUUCGGUGACGAGCCGCCAAUGAAAAAAGUCGCCUCGUGUUUGCAGGAACUGGUGGAUUUUCAAAAGGAAGAUAGAUCCGACGAUCCUUUGGGUAACAAGAGGUUUUUGUUGUCCUUGUUGCCGUUUAUGAAGAAAUUGCCCGAUGAUGUUAAUUUAGAGGUUCGGUUGCAGUUGAUGAGCGUGCUGGAGACUUAUUGUAACGGCAAAAAUCUUAGUUCUUAAUAAUAUAGUAAUAAUAUUUAGUUGCAUUUGAAUAUACGUAUUAGUUUUUUUUCAAUUUAAU